CUCGACCCGCUCCUCCUCUCCAUUAUCCACUCGACCCACUCCUCCUCUCCGUCGCUGGAAUCCCCUUCUCCUCCAUCGACGGUGACGACCUCCCUGGCGAACCACUCCUCCAUCGACAGCGACGGCCUCCUAAGAUAGAGUAGUAGAUCAAGAGGAGGCACCGUCCACGACACCGACAAGGCCAACAAGCUCAAGCAGUCGCCGUCCCCCCAGAGAAGUGAGAUGGCUGGCUUGGAAGGUUUCGAUUUCUUCGAGAUCGUAAUUGAGAAAUCUUGCAGUAGGCAGAGGCUGCCUGACAAAUUUGCGAAGAUGCUCGCCGGUCGUGAGCCCCACAAAGUGAAGCUACGGGAGGCCGGCAGUGGGCUUCACAGGCUGUGCUGGUGGGAAGUGUUGGUGGUGUUUGAUGGUGAAGGCCACAUGUACCUAGGGCCCGGCUGGGAGCAUUUCGCCCGCGCCCAUGAGCUACAGCUCGGGUACUUCCUUGUCUUCCGCUAUGAUGGCGACGCCAUGUUCACCGUGAAGAUGUUCGACAACACCAUGUGCCGCAUGUACUACCAGCACGACGACGAUGCCAGCAAUGGGAGCAGAGCGGGGAUGAAGACGAGGAGCGGAGUGGGGAUGACGAGGAGCAGCCUAUUCUGGCUGAUGACGAACAUGCUAUGGUGGUGGCUGACGACGACCCUGCUAUGUUGGUGGCGGAUGACGACCUUGCUAUGGUGGUGGCGGACGACGACCUUGCUAUGGUGGUGGCAAACGACGACCACGCGAUGGUGGUGGCGGACGACGACCUCGCGAUGGUGGCGGCGCCUGCAAUCCCACAGCUUGGCGACAGGAACAUGCCAAUUGUGGUAGAGGAGUACAUCCGCGUUGGGAUUCGCCACUCUGAGCGCAUCGGGUUGAUGAAGGAGAAGAAGGAGGAGUGAAGGUGUUAAGAAGGUGUUCAGCAUGUUAGGUUUAAGCUUGUUAGUGUAAUAUGAACAUGUCAAUGUUAAGUAUGUCAGGUUUAAUUUUGUGCAUGCUCAUGGAUGCUGUAUGACAGUGUCAUCUAAACAAGUCAUGUUUUUAACAAUGAAUAUUCAGUUUGGUAAUUGAUGGGAAUUGAAAUUUUUUAUGCA